AUGGAUUAUAGAAAUGAAAUCUUACAGAAACUUCUGAUGAAUGGCAGAAAAGAGAAACUGAGUUGCAUGUGUGUGGUUAUACAGGAUCAAUUGCAGUGCAGUGUGGAUGACAGAUGUUCUGAAAAUAUGUCCCAAGUAGAGUGCAAACCUGAUCCAUGCAUCCAGACUUACUAUGUGUUCAGGAUGCAUUGGAUUUAUUGGACUUUUAAUUUCAUUUUCUUAUUUGCUUCAGUUUACAGUGAAUGUGUGACUCAGAUCUAUGAAAAUACAUUCUUCCAAGGAGGAGACCUCACUACAGUUUUUACACCGACUGCCAAUUACUGCCGAAUAGUGUGUACUUACCAUCCUACCUGUCUGCUCUUCACCUACUUGCCAGCAACAUGGACUAAAGAUCCUGCAAAAAGGUUCUCCUGCUAUUUAAAAGACAGCGAUACAGAAAUGCUGCCGAAAGUGGAUAUGGAAGGCGCUAUCUCUAGACAUUCCUUAAAACAGUGUAACAAAAUUAAUGCUUGCAGCCCAGAUGUCCAUGUAGGACUGGAUAUGGAAGGGAAUAUUUUUGAUAUUACUACGGUUGACAGCUAUCAAGAGUGUCAAAAACGAUGUACCAAUGACAACCGUUGUCAUUUUUUUACAUGUGUCUCUGAAACACUUCACAAUGCAAGCUUUUGUAAAAAAUGCUUCUUGAAAAAUACCAGUAUAGGAACUCCAACCAACAUAAAGGUGCUUGAUGAAGUUGUGUCCGGAUUCUCUCUAAAGCCAUGCCAGCUUUCUGAAUUGGAUUGUCAAAUGGACAUUUUUGAAGAUGAAGCAUUUUCAGGAAUUAAUAUUACAAGUUUUUUCACUCCUGAUAUUUCUGUCUGCCAAACUAUUUGUACAUAUUUUCCAACAUGCUUGUUCUUUACAUUUUUUACCAGGAAAUGGCAAAUAGAAUCUCAAAGAAAUCUUUGCCUUCUGAAGACAUCAACAAGUGGAAUUCCAGAGGCACUCAUAUCACAAGAAAAUGCUGUAUCAGGCUUUGGCCUCCUAAACUGCAGAAGAUCUUUACCUUCCUGCAAUUCUCGCACUUACAUGCAUAUGGAUUUUUUGGGAGAUGAACUUAAUGUCACUUAUACUAAAGGACACAGAGCCUGUCAGCAGAUUUGCACAGACAUGAUCCGCUGCCAGUUUUUCUCCUAUUCUCUCCUCCGAGGUUCAUGCAGUGAAGAAGGAAAGUGCGAGUGUCACCUAAGAAUGUCCUCAAAUGGAUCUCCAGUGAAAAUAGUACAUGGACCAGGAAGUAUCUCUGGAUACUCACUAAGAUUAUGCAAAAAAAAAGCCAGUACUGUGUGCAUGCAGCAUUCUGGAAGGACGAUUAGGAUCGUUGGUGGGACAGACUCUUCCCCUGGUGAAUGGCCCUGGCAGGUCAGCUUGCACGCCAGGCUGUCUCGCCAGAGACACCUGUGCGGGGGCUCCAUCAUCAGCAGGUGGAUCCUCACAGCUGCUCACUGUGUCACCAGACUAGAGAAUCCCAACAUUUGGCGUAUUUAUGCUGGUAUUUUAAGACAAUCAGAAAUAAAAGAGGAUACUCCCUUCUUCAAAGUGGAAGAGAUUAUUGUUCAUUCUCAGUAUAAACAUGCACAGUUUGGAUAUGACAUUGCUCUAAUGAAACUUGCUAAGCCUAUGAAUUUUACUGAUCUUCAACUACUGAUCUGCCUGCCGUCAAAAGAAGACACUAACAUAUUUUAUACUGACUGUUGGGUAAUUGGAUGGGGUUACAGAAAAGAAAAAGGUGGGGUACAAGAUAUUCUUCAAAAGGCUCCUGUUCCCUUCAUGUCAAGAGAGGAAUGCCAGGCAAGGUACCGGAAGCGCAGAAUAGGUGACAAAGUGAUCUGUGCUGGCUAUGACGACGGAGGAAGGGAUGCUUGCAAGGGAGAUUCAGGAGGGCCGCUGUCCUGCAGGCACGAGGAGGUGUGGUAUCUGGUGGGCAUCACCAGCUGGGGCGAAGGGUGCGCUCGCCCCAGGCAGCCAGGAGUCUACACCAAAGUCGCGGACUAUUCUGACUGGAUUCUGGAAAAAACCACACAGUACGAGCAUCACUGACACUCAAAGUGUUGCUGUGGAAUGACAGCCCUCAGAGCAACAGUAUGAAGUGUAUUUGUGCUUUUUCAAUGUUUUUUUUUUUUUUUGUUAGUGUAAAAUACUUGUUUUAAAAUGCAGGAAAGCAGGAAUGAAUGAAUGAGUUUGUGGGCCUGACAUUGGUCUGAACUUAGGCUUCAGGCUCUGCCAGUGUCUGUGUGAAAGGCAGACGAACAACUUUCUCAUGUUAGCCUGAGAAAUCUUAAAGAGGAAUUCAAACAAACCUUGGGAAGUGAGAAACUAUCUGCAGGUGGUGUUUUUCCAACAUGUUUACUGGAAAGAAAUAUUUACAAAAGAGUGUAGACGCUGAAUAACCAAUCAUGUUCUUUGCACCGAACUACUCUAUAAAAGUAGAAUGUAGAAGAAUAAAGUUUGCUCUCAUCUUUACCAUCAUGGAGAGUCAUGUUGUUAUUUCUGUGCCGUCCGAAAACCAUAGCAACAUCUGGUGACCUGACGUUUCGAAGAAGUUCAGCGCAGCCGGGACUGAUUCAUGCAGCAAAGCUUGAAAAUUCUACCUGCCUCCUCAGAGAGGUAAGCGAAAUAUCUCCACGUUUUUUCUAAAGAAUGCUGGUCCUGCUGACCAUGGAAAAAGAUCAAUCCUGCCAAAAGACAGCAGGUCGGACGGCACCCAGCACAGCUGGACUUUAAUUUCUAGAAAAGACAGCCGGGCAGAGGUUCCAGAAAAACCUGGGGAACCCCUCUCCUGAGAGAGGACAGCUUGUGCCUUUCCUGACAAGAGCAGCUGGAAUUCUUCGCUGCCGACAGCUUGCCCAGCGCUCCCCCGACCUCUUUCGGUUCUGUCUGGCCGAGAUCAAAGCGAGCGUCUGUAAGCCUCUCCCGGCCGGCAGAGACGGCGCUUCCUUGGCUUUUCCUUCUCCUUUCUUCGUACCACGGAUGGCUGGCAGUGGUUCCUGCGCUAUCAUCCACUGCGACUAGUCUGUACCGUGACUUUAAAAGAUGCUAGCCCGUCCAAGAUACAGCUGGUCAGAUUCCGACCCAGAGUGUGACACAACGAUCCUUUCCUCGUCGGCGUGGCCCAACAUCUGGCCUGCGGACGGGACCGGGAUCGAAAACCUUUGAUCCCUCUGUAUCCUUCUGUGUGUUCAGGGCGAAAAGUUCACUUUAUGAGUGUUUUAUGCUUUUAACGUUACCUGUGCUUGUUUUUAUGAUUGCCUGUGUGAGUUUAGGGCUUGUCUUUCUUUGUGUCUCUGUGUUUUAACUUUGUUCUUUCCCUUGUGCGGGGUGGGGGGUGCGGUGAGACAGAGGCAUGGCAGCACGGAUGCGAUCUCCCUGCCUUCUCUCUCUCUCGCUUGGUUUUUCUCCCGCCCUGCUCCAGGGCGCUGCAGCGGCUGCAAAAUCUCUCUCUCGUUUUUCCGUACUCGGUUCCCCCCCUCUUCCCCCCAGGGCGGUGAGGGGGGCCACCGGCUCUCCGCUUGAGGCAGGCGGCGGCAGGGCGGCGGCGGGCUGAGCUCCGCCGAGCACCGCUCCGUUGUCCCCUCUCCGUUUCCCCUCCAUUUCCUUCCCGCGUGAAUUUGCACAGCAAGUCGUCAUAGGAACCGAGGAGCGGUCUCCUCGCUCCUUUUCCCCCUUCCCCCCGCCAUGAGCGGCGGGGUUCGCUCCCCCACUCCUUCCCUGCGGGCCGAGCGGCUGACUGCGAAUAGGGCACGAGGAACUUGCCGUUCCUCUAGACAGCGGAUAAUGCUGUGGGAGUUGCUUCGCUUGAUUUUUUUUUUUACAUAGAAAUGGGGGCCACGUUUGUUGGAUUUCCCCCAGCUCUGCGGAGCGGCCCUGGGGCCAUUGAGCCCCUAAAGCCCCACUCAGGGCAGGGCCAAAUAGCUUCGUCGCCUUUGAGGUGAGCAGAAGCUUUUUCCUUUACAGAAAAAUGGGGGCCACGUUUGUUUGGAUUUCCCCCAGCUCCGCGGGGCGGCCCUGGGGCCCUUGAGCCCCCAAAGCCCCACAGAGGGAGGGCCAAAUAGCUUCGUCGCCUUUGAGGUGAGCAGAAGCUUUUCCUUUUAGAGGGACAGUUGAUUUUUGUUUGGGUUUAUCCCUUCCCCCCUCCCUCAAAACAUUUCUUCUCAAGGCGUCUCUGUGAACAGAAUUGGAGCCUUAAAUGCCUGUUCAUAAUACAAGAAAAAUGACAAGAAAUACAAAAAACAAAUAAGCAACCUUUGUUGCCUUUCGCAGAUAACACAAGUAUUAUUAAUAAUUCUACAGUAUAACCAUCAGUUAUGAGUUUUAAGUGUUAUCUCAGUUUUUAAGAUAUUUGAUGUGAAUUCACAGAUAUGAUAAAGUUAUUACAGUUCUACAGCCGGCUGCUGCUACUGCUGCUGCUUCUGCUUCUUCUCAUGUACUUUGCUAUUUGUCUAUAAUUGCCUGUAAGACACGUGUCACCCAAGAAUUUUUCCUUGUUUUCUAGCUGUCUAUGCUAGCUUUGCAUUCAUAAUUUUCUAAAUAUUUUCAGAUUUCCAGACAAGGUUAUCUGAGUUUGUAAGAAUGCCUCCUCUGUCCUGACGGUUUGGGAUGCAGUUCCAAUCCUGGUCACAGACCAUCUCAGGAGCCUGCUGAGCUCAGAGCAUCUCUACCCUGACAAAUUUAGGAGGUGUCAAUUACCAUAUUAGUUUCUUAUUAUAAGAUUUUUAAGAAGUUUGUUUUUAAAAUUGGUGUAAGGGAUUCCUCUGCAGUUAGAGCUGGGCACUGGCCAUGCCUUGGCUCUCUCUGGAUGGGAAUUGCCUAUUUGCCCAGAUGUUUUAGCAAGAAAUUACAUAUGAGUUAUUUGACUCAACAAUUUGACCUUUAAAUAUAAUAGCUGAAUUGAUCUUUGAGGUGAACCUGGAAUUCCUGCCCGGGAAGGAUGAACAGGUUGUCACUGGAAAAGAAGCACUUCAGCUUUUGCAGUUCCUGGGCUGAUCAAAAUUAUCAAAAAGAUAACAUGUAACAAUGUAACAUUUAUGUUAUGAACCUGAAGAAAAAGUAAUUCUGAAACCUGGAUGUUGAAUUUACACAAUGGAGUCUGACAAGUUAUCAGUUUAGGGCAGUGGAGCCUGACAAGUUUGUUAAUUUAAGGGGAAGAUGUGCCUGUGUUUUAUCAUUAGCAGGUUCAGCAGUCGUUUUACCCAUCACCUCUGAGGAGUGAAAAGGGACAUUGCAUAGCCUUAGUGGCUGUCACAUAGACUGCAAAGAUGACCAUGUGGUUGGAAGUUAUGGAGACAACAGAAGUCCUGUGUCAGCAGCAUGGUCCUGUUUUCAUCGAUCUUCCUCGAGUCACUCCCUGCUUCAGACUUCAAGAAGACAUCCAGUGAUGCUAAGGAUCAACAUCUUGUCUCAAUGGACUUUUUCUUUUCAUGUGUUUUAAUUUUAUAGUAGAUGUUGUUUCAUUUAAGUUUCCUACAUAGAUGUAGUUGUAUUUUAGGUAAUAUUUCACGUGCCUUCGGUGUAUGUUUUGUAGUUAUUAAGGGCUGUUAUUUCACUUUGUGGUUUUUGCCUUUCUGGUCUUUGGGAUCAUGUAGAUUUUUUUUGGAGUCAGAUAUCUUUUUAUUGAUAUUUUUAUUAAUUUUAUUAUUCCUAUUUUUUUUUCUAGGUGACAUCCUACAGGUAUCAUGGGCCAAUUGAGUGACCAGUGGUCCAGUCCUGCACAUCCUGCAAUGGGUCUUUGCCCUUUCAAACAUCACAUGCAUUUUUGCAUUUAAAAAAAAAAAAAAAAAAAAAAAAAAAAAAAAAAAAAAAAGGGUCAAC